GAGUGUGUUGCUGCUGCUCUGCUCUGCGUCCUCGCUACAAACGCCUGGUGGACAACAUAUUUCCGGAGGAUCCAAAAGUAAUUUGAUCUACAUCUCCUGAUCCUUCUCUUUGCUGACCCAUCCUUAACCCCUGCUGAUCACCCUCAGGAUGGCCUUGUUAAAGCUGAUAUGGAGAAAUUGACAUUCUAUGCAGUAUCUGCUCCAGAGAAACUAGAUCGAAUUGGUGCUUACCUGGCGGAAAGGUUGAGCAGGGAUGUUGUCAGACAUCGCUCUGGGUAUGUUUUAAUUGCUAUGGAGGCAUUGGACCAGCUUCUUAUGGCUUGCCAUUCUCAGAGCAUCAAGCCUUUUGUCGAAAGCUUCCUUCAUAUGGUAGCCAAGCUUCUGGAAUCAGGGGAACCGAAACUUCAAGUUCUUGGAACAAAUUCAUUUGUUAAAUUUGCAAAUAUUGAAGAAGAUACACCGUCUUACCACAGACGUUAUGACUUUUUUGUAUCUCGCUUCAGUGCCAUGUGUCAUUCCUGUCAUAGUGAUCCAGAAAUAAGAACAGAUAUUCGAAUUGCUGGGAUCAGGGGAAUACAAGGUGUGGUUCGCAAGACAGUUAAUGAUGAACUUCGGGCUACAAUUUGGGAACCCCAGCAUAUGGAUAAAAUUGUUCCAUCUCUGUUGUUCAACAUGCAGAAGAUAGAAGAGGUUGACAGCCGCAUAGGCCCUCCGUCUUCUCCUUCUGCAGCUGACAAGGAGGAAAAUCCUGCCGUGUUGGCUGAAAACUGUUUCAGAGAACUGCUGGGACGAGCAACUUUUGGGAACAUGAAUAACGCUGUUAGACCAGUUUUUGCGCAUUUAGAUCAUCACAAACUGUGGGAUCCCAAUGAAUUUGCAGUUCACUGCUUUAAAAUUAUUAUGUAUUCCAUCCAGGCCCAGUAUUCUCAUCAUGUGAUUCAGGAGAUUCUAGGACACCUUGAUGCCCGUAAAAAAGAUUCUCCACGGGUCCGAGCAGGUAUUAUUCAAGUUCUGCUAGAGGCUGUUGCCAUUGCUGCCAAAGGUUCCAUAGGACCCACAGUGCUGGAAGUCUUUAAUACUCUGCUGAAGCAUUUGCGCCUCAGUGUUGAAUUUGAAGCAAAUGACUUACAGGAGGGAGCUGUGGGCAGAGCCAACAUAAACACAAGUUCCAGAGAUAAUGAUGAAAAGAUUGUGCAGAAUGCUAUCAUCCAGACAAUUGGAUUUUUUGGCAGCAACCUACCCGAUUAUCAGAGGUCAGAAAUCAUGAUGUUCAUUAUGGGCAAAGUACCUGUUUUUGGAACAACGACCCAUACUUUGGAUAUUAGCCAACUCGGGGACUUGGGAACCAGACGGAUUCAGAUAAUGUUGCUGAGAUCUUUACUUAUGGUAACCUCUGGAUACAAAGCAAAAACAAUUGUUACUGCAUUGCCUGGGUCUUUUCUGGAUCCUUUGUUAUCACAGUCACUUAUGGAAGACUAUGAACUAAGACAGUUAGUAUUGGAAGUGAUGCACAAUCUCAUGGAUCGCCAUGACAACAGAGCAAAGCUUCGCGGGAUCAGAAUAAUACCUGAUGUAGCUGACCUAAAGAUAAAAAGAGAAAAAAUUUGUAGACAAGAUACAAGUUUCAUGAAAAAGAAUGGGCAACAACUCUAUCGACAUAUAUAUUUGGGAUGUAAAGAAGAAGACAACAUUCAAAAAAACUAUGAGUUACUUUAUACUUCUCUUGCUCUUAUAACCAUUGAAUUAGCCAAUGAGGAAGUGGUUAUUGAUCUCAUUCGAUUGGCCAUAGCUUUACAGGACAGUGCAAUUAUCAAUGAAGAUAAUUUAUCAAUGUUCCAUCGAUGUGGAAUCAUGGCACUGGUUGCAGCAUACCUCAACUUUGUUAGUCAAAUGAUAGCAGUCCCUGCAUUCUGCCAGCACGUUAGCAAGGUUAUUGAAAUUCGAACGAUGGAAGCCCCUUAUUUUCUCCCAGAGCAUAUUUUCAGAGAUAAGUGCAUGCUUCCAAAGUCUUUAGAGAAGCAUGACAAAAGUUUGUACUUCCUGACCAACAAGAUCGCAGAGUCACUAGGAGGAAGUGGCUAUAGUGUUGAAAGACUCUCGGUACCAUACGUACCACAAGUGACAGAUGAAGAUCGACUUUCUAGAAGAAAAAGCAUUGUGGACACUGUAUCCAUUCAGGUGGAUAUUUUACCCAACAGCAUUCCUUCUGAUGAUGUGGUGAGUAAUACUGAAGAAAUAACCUUUGAAGCAUUAAAGAAAGCAAUUGAUACCAGUGGAAUAGAAGAACAAGAAAAGGAAAAGAGGCGUCUUGUGAUAGAGAAAUUCCAGAAAGCACCAUUUGAAGAAAUAGCAGCACAGUGUGAAUCCAAAGCAAAUCUGCUGCAUGAUAGACUAGCUCAAAUAUUGGAACUCACUAUACGUCCUCCUCCCAGUCCAUCAGGAACACUGACCAUUACUUCUGGGCAUGCCCAAUACCAGUCUGUUCCAGUAUAUGAAAUGAAGUUUCCAGACCUGUGUGUGUACUGAGUGACUCGUGAAGACCUCAGCAUAGGAUUUUAGCCUGAAAAUUAUAAAUCCAAUUCAAGUUUUGAGGGCUUAUUAGUACAGGACAGCAUAUUUCUGAAAAUAAUAAUGCAAUUUAUCUUUAACCAAAUGCUUGGCCGUACCAUGUUAGAAAAUUUGGAACAAUAUAAUAUUUAGAGUACUUUUGUAGAUAGUUAUGCCAUGUUCAUUUCUUCUGAGAUUCCUGUUGGCUCUUAAAAUUGAACAUAUAUAUGUCCCAAAUCAUUCCUUUGUUAAACUAUAUUUCACAAAGAUUAGCAACAAAAUAAUCCUACAGAGGGUUGAAUAUGUAUGGAAUGUAUGAAAAUGUAUAAACUGUAUUUCUUAAACUUUUACACUGCUGCUUAGAAAUAGAACCGCUUUUGGUUUUGUUUAUGUGGAAAAGGAAAUAUGUAUUCAUCUGUUCUAUCCUGGGACUGCACAACUGUUGUGAUCAGCAUCCCACUAUUUAUUACUGUAAUACUACGGGAUAGGCAUUCCUCAGUUUGUUUAUGAUAGUGAUACCUAUUGAAUACUAUGUCUAAAAACCAACCCUAAAGGUCGCCAUAUUUUAAAGUGUCUCGUUCUUGAAUACUGUGUUUUCUCCCAGGAGUUUUACCGUGAUACUUGAGAGGCUGAGAGUUUUCUCUUAGAGUACCAAACUGUGCAAUAUUUUUUUACAUCUUAAGAUGUAUUAGUUUACAGACUAUGCUUUGAAAUUAUAGUAGUAUUUUGCUGUGACUCCAUUUAUAAAAUGAUAUAUAUUAGUAUACGGGAAAAGGACAUUUUAAACAGCUACUAGUUUACUUGUGAAGAGUGUAUACAUUUUGAUUUCUAUUAAGAGCACAUUAAUUUACAUUGUGCAUUGUUUGAAAUCCUCAUAGUAAAAAAAAAAUCCCCGAAUGAAUCUUUAAUUAAUUUGAAUCAUAACUUAUAUGUAGCUCAGUUUGAGUUUUGUUUUAAUCCAUUUGGAAAGAGUGCCUAUGGUUUUAGCAAUCAGGUGUGCUAAGGAUCUUCAAUUUUGAUAUCUAUUGAUUUAAGUCAGUGGCUAACGGGAUCCAUUUGCAGUCUGCAUGUGCUGGCAGAACCUGUACCGUAUUUUUCAAUUAUGUACAUCUUCAUGAAUUCCAUCACAUCGCAGCCAUGAACUUUCUUUGCAACUCUUACAAAAUUCUCAUAGGAAACUUUAUUAAAAUUACUUGUUUAAAAGUUCCACUGCCUUUUCAGAUUUGAUUUCUUUUUAUGCAGCACAAUAUAACAUCCAAAAAUUUUUAGCUCUAAAAGCACUCAAGUUUUCCGUUUUUGUCUAAAAAAAUGCAGUGAUGGAUGGAAUCACUUUGAUUAAUUUGGGCACUGUGAGUAGACACACCAAAGGGAGGAAGUGUAAUAGAACAAGCAUACUCAAAAAUGUUUGAAUCCUAUAAAUUAGAUCUGUAAAUGAACACUCAGGCAGCCCAGAAGAUGAUAACAAUUAAGCAUAGAUAAGCAAGGCCGGUUUUCAGAGUGAUAGAGCAGUCAGCAUUGGGUUCACCCUGGCCAGUUUGCUGCUGCAGUUGCAGCUCUUUGUCACGGUAAUUUUUUUCUCUUGGUCAUAUAAAAUGGUUCCCUAAUUGGUGGCCAAGUUUUGUGGGUUUUUUUUUUCUGUAUUUUUUAAAGGAGAGUAUUCACUUUUCACUCUGUAUUAAAAAAAAAAAUUUAAGCAGGGGGACAUGCAAAAAACAAUCAUCAUCCACUUGGAUGUCAUUUUAUAGAUUAACACUGUGUGCUUUUGUAUGAAAAAAUAUAAUUUAAUAGUAUAAGAAAGAGUAUAUAUAUAUAUUCACUUGCACCCAUGCAAAACAAACUUUGCUCUACAGAAUUUUUAUGUUACUCUGUGAUUCAAAAAAUGCAUGUAUUGCAUGUAAAGGAAAAUCAAUUUAAUUAUUGUGUAUCACAUCUUUCUUGUGUCUGUAAACUGUUAAUUUGGAUUUCGUGGGAGUUUUCUUUGUUUUUAAAUCAUAGUAGACGUCUGUGUAUCCUAGAUGACUGAACUGGUCUUGUUAACAAUGAUUCUCAAGAAAUGGAUCUUUUCUUUGCCUUGUUCCUUUCAGGAGAGUGCGGGAGAUCCUGCUGGUAAUAGGUAUGUAUACUGUAUUAUGUAACCAGUUUGGAGGCAAGGUUUAGGGUUUGUUGAAGUUCUCUGUAUUGCUAUAUUUUUGUAGAUAUUUCAAACUCAAUAAAUUGUUAAUCGUU